GAUAAAUUGAAGAUCUACGGAUCCAUGGUGAUGUUUCCAGAACUGACUUUCGAAGAGGCGGUUGGGGGUUGGUCGAUUGCCAAAGUCAAAGUGUGCCUGGUUUUUAAACCCGAAGUCGAUAUUGAUAUGGAAACUGUACUACACAAUUACACGAAAAACUAUACCUAUGAAGCAGUCGGAGUUACUUUCUCAGAAUGGAAAGCUAAGGAUGGCGAGUGCAAAAAGUGUGACGGAGGAGGUGGACCAUUUAUGAUUGAAAGUGUAUGUAAGGAGAAAGAGCACAGCUGUCGGGGACAAAAGAACAAGUCUAAAGAAUCAAUGGAUUGUGCCAAGUAUUGCUCCUCCUCAGCUUCAGCUCAGGUGGUCGCUGCGGUUUCCAACCUUAUUCUGGCCAUGUGGAUCUCUAUUUCUUACAACUUUUAGCACGUACUGAGAGGUCUUGAAGUAUGGAUUCAAUAAAAAAAAAAACUCGAAGUUUAAAGUCCAGUAGUAUUUUCUUUUGUUUUUAUGCGUGGAAUACUUUUGUCUAGACUGUUCGAGUAUAUAUCGAAGAUAUAGUACUUAGUAAAGUGUACCAUUUUACUGCUAUAGAAAAAGAUUGCUAUUAUCGGUUGUUUUAGGUAAGACAGAUAAUUGUAGGUUAGCAAUGGUUUGUCAUUAAAAGUCUUCAAGACAAA